AUGCCGAUGCAUGCCUGCUGGUGCUCGGACGUCGUGGAAGAUGCCGGGAGCCGCUUGGUGGAGAUGUGUUUCUUGACCUCGCCCCCAGAGCUCAUCCAGGUACCUCGCCAGGAGGUCCUGCGCGCUGCAACGCCGCAGCUCCGUGCCACGCAGGAGAUAAAUCCGCUGACGCUGUGCCGUUGGGACUUCUUGGCCGAAGGCUUCGAUGCCAGGGGCGAGGAGAUGGACGGGGACUUCUGUCUCAUGUUUGCACAGGGAGGCAAUUCGGGCCUCUUCCACAGCCAGCUUUAUGUAACCAGCUCACGGCAGGUGCCCCUGUUGCCGCUGCCGAGAACGCUGCUGCACAGCUUCGGCUGCUACCACCGGAGAAUGGCGGCACGUCCACAGCUGACGGCCGUGAACGUCUGCCGUGGAGUGGGCUUGUACCACAUUCGCGGAUCAAAGGACCUGGGCGUGCCCUUGCCGGGCCCAGAGUUGCUGAGCCUCCGCCAGGCAUUGGGGGAAUCGCCGAGCUCGGCAGCCUUCAUCGCCCAGUGCGUGCGGUUUCUCGAGGGCGCUGCGAAGAAACAGGUCGAGCAGGUUCUAGCCGAAGCUGGCUAUCGGACCUGA